UGUAUAUGUUUUUUUCCUGCUUUCUGUAAAUAUAUCUUGUGAAAUAGUAAUAAAACAUAUCUAGCAAAUUUAAUUUGCAAAGUUGGCAAGAAUAUAUGCUUUUUAUCGUUUACAAAUGAUCAGGUGUGUUUCCAUUAAAUCUGUAUUGAAAUGCUGUUGGAAGUGGUGAUGUUCCUAAAAAGAAGAGGGGCCCCGAAUCAAAUUCUGCCUCGGGCCCCAUACAACCUUAGGCCAGCCCUGCUUACUCAUCCAUAAAUCAUAUAAAAGCCUGGCCUUUGUUUCUCGUGGGUGUAGCCCGUAUUUAGGGGGGCGUGUGCACGCGGAGGCGGUUACGUGCCGACGUCACCGCUCGUUCGCUCGCUUUCUGUCAAGAGUCAAAAUAAAACGACUAAAAAAAACUUUUCUAUCGGUACUCUCAUGCGAAAACACCCGAAAGCGAGGAUAUGAGGCGGUGAGAGAAGCCAUUGCUCUCCUUGUUCGCAGCGGCUGGUGGGACGCGCGGCGCUUGUCUUCGUGGCGGGGGAAGGCUGUUGUGCUGUUCCUCCGCUCGUCCUGGGGGUCUCGCUGGGAGAGCCAGCGGGGCUGCUUUCAGUUUUAGCCGAGCCGCUAGCUAACGUCAAGUUGAAGGAAAGUGGAGAGAAGACGCCCACAGCAAUACCGGUGCUUGAACGGGGGGGUUUGUCCGCCAACUGUGCCCUAUGCGACGGCUAGCAGGUGAGUGAUGGAGACGAGAGAGUUGAGCGUGGUGGCUGGCAGCUUCGUGGGCUUCCAGUUUCUCUUCUCGGUGGCCAGUCCGCGGCUCUCGCUGGCCGUCGCUACGGGUUACAAACAGCUACCUCCCACCAAGCUCACCGAAUGGAACUCCAGGUUGGUGUCCACUGUGCACGCCUUGAUCGUGGGGCUGUUCUGUUUGUACAUCCUGUGGUUCGACGACGCCGUCAACGCCAACCCCGUCUGGGGUGAUCCUAAUCUGGUCAAACUAAAUGUAGCCAUAACCUGUGGCUACCUCCUCUAUGACCUUUUCCUGCUAGCAUGUAACUGGAGCACAAUGGGGGACAGCUUUUUCGUCUGCCACCACUUGGCGGCGCUGUAUGCCUAUGGAUAUGUGUUGACACGAGGGGUUCUUCCUUAUUUCGCCAAUUUCCGUCUCAUUUCAGAGCUGUCCACGCCGUUCGUGAAUCAAAGGUGGUUCUACGAGGUGUUAAAGUACCCCCGGUCACACCGGAUGGUGGUGCUGAACGGCGUCGCCAUGGCGGUGGUGUUCUUCGCCGUCCGCAUCGCCGUCAUGCCGUCCUACUGGGCGAGCGUCUUCGCCACAUUCGGCACGCCCGAGUUCGAGCGGCUGGGCCUGGGAGCGCAGGUGGCCUGGAUCACGUCGUGCAUCGCCCUGGACAUCCUCAACACCAUCUGGAUGUACAAGAUCGCCCGCGGCUGCUACAAAGUCCUGACGGGCAGAGGCGGGCGGAAGGUCAAGGCCGAUGCGGACGAGAAGCACGCGAACAACCACACGGACUAACGCAGGGACAAAGAACCCUCGACCGCAUGAUGGACGCGUGGAGCGGAGGCGUUCCCAGCCGGCCCGCCCCUCGGUCUCGGAGUCCUCAGGUUUUGACGAGGAGAGCACUCUUUGACUCACGCAAGCACCAGCGAUCCCAACCUCACUGGGGUUUUUUUUUUGUCUCCCCUUCUCCCCCAGUGAGCGUGAUUACUCUACUGCUGGGAGGUAGCUUUUUUGGUUGCAGACAACAAAUUAGAGUUCACAAGCACACUUUUAGCACCAUCUGUCACUCCCAUCUCUCUCCGUUUCACCCCCAGCCUCCUCUUCAGCGCUCAACUUCAGCCAAAGCCUAAUCCUCUGAAGUGCCUGUGGAAAAACAGGAAAGCAAUAAUAGUGGAGGUAUAACAAAGUUGAGGUUUCUUCUCUUCCUUCCCUCUUCCCCCUUCCCAUCAUCGCCACCUCCAUCCCUCCCUCCAAUGAACAGCUGGGAGCUCAUUUCCUGUCCACGGCGGAGGAGAUGUGGUCAACCUACAGGGCUCUUGUCUUAAAUCCAUCAAACCUCAGAACAAGAGACAGAAAAAAAACACCAGGAUGCCUCUCCCAGUUUUUACCUGCUGUGGCCUCCUUAUAAGUAGCGCCUCUCUGCGUCACCAGCCAUGCUUCUCCAUCCAAAUCUCAUUUAAGAACUUGACACUCUCCAAGAUUUUUGUUUUGUUUUGUUUUUUGCUGCUACGCUAGUAUCAUUAGCUGUGACGGUACAACAUCCAUUACAACCCUCUGCCUCAGCUGGAAUGUUUUUGUUCUACCUCUCCCCCCUGCCUUACAGACUUUGUAAAUAAUCAUGAUUUACUCAGAAGCGUAGUUUUUUUUUUUUUUUUAAACUAAGGAGAGAGUUUAUCUGUGAAGACCGUGACAUCGUAAUCUCCGAGGAACGUCCCAUUUCUUCGGUUUCGGGGGUCAUCCCGGUCCAUCCACCAAAACGUAACGCCAUUGCUCCGUGUUCUCAGGGCCUCGCAAAAGUUUUCAGACCCCCAUUUUGUUGCGAUUCAACUAGGAACCUCAAUGUCUUUAAUUGGGAUUUUAUGUGCUUGAUCGACAUAAAAAGAAAAUGUGUAAAAAUUCAGUCGGAUAGGGAAAAUGAAAUUAGGAAUUUCACUUUUUUUACGUAUAAACAUCUAAAAAGUGUGAUGUGCGUGUCAUGUUAUUGCAGUUCCAACUGCAGGUCUUUGUGGGCUACUUCUAAAUUGAAAAUACUCUAUAAAUCUAUUCCAGAUCUCUAAUGGAAUUUUGUGUGAGCCAUUCAAACACAUUUGUUUCCCCCCAACAAUAUUUAAUUUAAGUAUUUUUGACUUGAAGGAAUUUGCUACCAGUUCCCAAGAAUUUAUUUAAGGUAAUCUGAACACAAAGCACUUCAUAUCAUCUCUCCACAUUUAUGAGCCAAUAUGUGUUGGUCUAUCAUUAAAUAAAGUCAUUCUGUAGUUGGGAGAGUCUUUAGGAAGAGGGCUGUGAACACUUUUGCGAGGCACUACAGGCUAAUCCUGAGAUCUGGUACCUAAUCAGUGAAAGCAUCGCUGAUUAUUUGACAGAAUGUCAGCAGUAGAGUUGCUUGAAAUCUCUCUUUGUUAUUUUUUGUUUGAUGUUUUCCCUCCCGCUCUCUGUCCAUGACUCAGAUUGAUUUGGAAACGCCGUGCUGCUGGAAGCGGCCCGGCAGCCUGCAUGCCCAGUUUUUCCCGUAUAAACUGUAGAUAUUCAUUGUAGAGCAUGGUAAGACUGACAUAUUUCUGUGAUGCCUUCGUGAACUGUCAAGGUAGAUGAACACCAUCUAAUUAUUGAUUGCAUUAAUCUAAUCGUGGGCUGGGCGGGCGUGGGGUAGGGGAAGGGGUUGUCUUCCAAAAUGUCCCCCCUCCCCACCCUUCUCCACCUCCUUCAACACAGAGCAUAGUCAAAGCAUGAACUUCUUGUACUUUUGAGGAUUUCUCCUCGCUGUGCAUGUUACAGUAUUUACACGUUCAGCAUCUAUGCAGGUGCCUUCUGCAUAGCGGUAAACUCUCUUAAUUGUUAACACAUCUUCUAUAUGCCAGUUGCCAGUACUUGUAUUUUGUUUCAUUUAUUUAUUUAUUUUUUUUUACAGAUACAGAGAGAUUUCUUUGUAAGGUUUGCUAAUAACCACGACCUGGCAGACAGAAACAUGGGAUCUCUCCGAUUUAGUUUCACAAGAAGAAGACCGGGAUCGACAUCAUCACUCUUGGUCCGAGCCAAGGCUUCCUGUAAAGCACAAACAUUAACCAAAUGUACCCUUAGACUGAAUGUUUCUAACGUGCAUUACUGUGGUAGAGUAGUUCAUGAAGUGAACACAAGAGGGAGCAGUGAGAUCAUCAAAUCAAGCUUGUGUGAGAUGAGAUUUGUUACUCCAGUUGUUCAGUCUUUUAUAGCAAGUUCCAUCUCAUUAUCUGAACUUAGACUUUUUUUAUUUUAUCUUUUUAAGUUUGUCUUUAAGUUUAAAAGAAAAAAUAUGAAGUCAGAAUUAAGAGAAGUAAUCUCAAAAUCCAAUAUGGUUCCCUUCCAUGUAAAACUUAGGGAUGGUUGAAGUAAAGAAAAAGAUAUUUAUUAGAACUUUUAAGUUUUUGUAUGUUAAGUUAGUUUCAUGCACACACGUGCGCACACACACACACACACACACAGAUAGUGACAUAAAAGCGCCUUUUGUAAGGGCAUUAUUUGAAAGUUCAAAAUACAGAGAAAUGUAGUACUAAACGCACAAUAUGAUUGUUUUAUUUUUUCUUGUCAACAGUUUAUUAUUUUUCAACUCACAUUUUUGGUAAAUUAAAAAUUUACCUGUCCUAACAAUAAAAUGAAUGUUCAUAGCAAAAUACAACAAUUCUUUCAAAAUAAAUUCUCCAGGUUAUGGCAGAAUAUACAGCUCACACUAUUUUCUUUUAUUUGCUUUUCUUUCUUCUGUUUUUUCUUUUCUUUUUCUUUUGCACACCUGGAAAUGUGCACCACUAUCAGCUAUUCAUGUUAGAACUAGAGACUCUGUCACGUCGUGUUUGGGUGAGCAGUCGCAGUGACACAGCUCCGUAGCUAAACUGGAUUUUCAUUAUUUAAAAACUAACAAAUGAUAACAGGAUCCCAGGGUUAAACUGUCUUAUAUUCACAGUUGGCAAUAAGCAUAAACAGCAGCCUCUGUGCAUAUUAUUAGACCUCAACCUUAACUGUGAGAUUUCCCAAAAAUGACCAAUGGGUUUUUUUUUAGUCCAACAUGAUCAAUGCAACUGGACUAUUUAAAAGAAUAAAAAGCACUUUCUGCUGUAACGUGUACAGCUUCCAAUAUCCUGCCAAGUCAGCAGCCAGCCCCAAUAAAAAAAUAGUUUCCUUUCUUAUGUGUUUAAAAAAAAUUCUCUUGCCAACUUCUUUGGAUCUCUGAUUGUUAUUAGCUUGUAAAGCUAAUAGCAUUUAGAACAGUCGCCAUGAAUCAUCAGCGCGUUAACACUUUGACACCAGGGCACAGUUGAGUCGAGUGUGAUAUUAUUUCUAGAUCCAAGUGGCAGCAACAUGUAGCCAGCAGCUCUUGCUUCAGGCUCACUACUGUUUAUUUUUCUCCAUUUCAUUUCAUUUCCGUUCCUUCAACUCCAUUUUGCAAAUACUGAUACCAAACUCUGCUCUGGGUAAAGGGCAACCCGGGUAGCAGUUGAGCAUUAGGCUCACAUUUUCGUUAGUCGUUUUCAAACCUAUGUCGACUUUAUUUGCUCUUUAUUGACACUAAAAGAAUUGAUAUAACCUGUUUGGUUCAUUCAAACAUUCACAGCACUACUCAACUUCACACAUUGUAAAAGCCGCCUGUGUAAACGUGGAUGUAUGGGUAGUUUUGGCCGUCUGUGAUGGUCUGGUUGUAUUUUUCACUGUGGAAAUCUAAAGCACACUCCCUAUCUCUGGGAUGUCCCUUAUUUCUGUCUGCCACUUACAGAGGAGGGGCUACAGUCUCUUGUGCCUUUUUUUACACAAACAGUGGAUGUUAGUCGGAUUCGGAUAAGCAUGAUUAUGUCCUGGUGUAUGUGCCGUGUGUAUAUUUUUCUAAACCCGCCUGCACAAUAAUUAUCCGGUCGAGUAUCCUAACCCAAAGCUGAUCCCUCGUAGGGAGCCCCCGCUAUUUUUUGUGACAAUUUAUUGGCGGGGCUUACCAAUGUGAAUGCUGGGAUGUGUUACUUAGUGACAUUAGGGCGAUUUCAGAUGAUAGUGGCAAUCAGAAUAUUCCUGCCUGUAGGGAUUUACGGAACAACUUGCAUCUCAUUUAUUUGGUCUGUUG